UCUGCAGGGAGGACAGACAGACCUCUUCCCUGCUGAGCACCCCAGUCACUUGCACUGUGAAGGAGAGCAGGGCCGUCCUUCCAGACAUCGCCACAGCAGAAUCUGCCAAGAAGACAACUUGACCCAUAAGGACAUGGCUUUGGUGCUAAUGCGAAAGAUGAACCAUCCUGCGGAGAAGGAAUAUGAGGCUGAUGUUGGCUGGCAAAGUGAUGAGGAUGGUGGUCCUCUGGGUGGACACGCGACUGAUGAGGGAGAAGUAGAGGUUGAAGAUGAUGCCCUGACAGAUGAAGAACUUGCGUUUUUAAAACAGUUCCCUAGCCGGAAAAAGGAUGCGGAAGAGCGCAUCAGAAAACUCUAUGCCAUUGCAGACAGCAUUGACAAAAGCCACCAAAAAGCCACCAAGACCAACGUGGUGUCUAAGUCUGCAUCAGUCGUCUCUGGAUUCAUGAGUCUCAUGGGUUUGGCCCUUGCUCCAGUAACUGUAGGUGGAAGCCUGAUGUUCACUGCUGCUGGGGCAGGUUUAGGGGUAGUUGCUGGGGUCACCAAUAUUGUGACCGAUGUGAAGGAAAAUUUUCGCAAGAGAGAAGCCCUAGCUGAGGCCAACCAAAUCAUGCCUACCAGUGAGGAAGAUUUGGAGUAUGUCGGAGGGAAGAAGAUGGCUUAUGUCACGGCCACUGGUGGGAUUGUCUACAAAUGUGGGCGCGCCUGGGAAACUCUCGGAAUGAACGCCCGAGCCCUCAAGCUCUCCAAAACACACCCGCAUCUCACCUCGGCUGCCAAGAAACUCCUUACUUCUGGCCAAGUCUCAGCUCAAAGCAGCAGGCAGGUGAAAAAGGCCUUUCAAGGCACAGCCCUGGCAAUACCCAAAGGUGCUCUCAUGAAGAAUGGUGUAUUGACCUCCUUCUUUCUUGCCAAAGACAUACGUUCUCUCUAUGCGGAUUGGAAGGACCUGGAGGCUGGAUCGCCAACGGAGCUUGCAAAAGAGUUAAGAGAGCGGGCUGAAGUGCUGGAUCGGGUAUUAUCAGACGAGACCCGUCGCUACCAAAGCCUGAAGAAGAAACUCAAGAGACUCAAGUGAGGUGUUCUUUGAUAACGGCCCUGGAGACAGCCUCAGCCUCUAACUUCGAUCAAGAAAGCAAGCCUCGGGGCAGCAGUGAAGAGGAGCUGAGGCCAUGGAUAUUUGAGAUCAAUUAAAGGGGACCAGGGCGGGGGUAGCAAGGCUGGCAGAGGUGAUGACUGGAGGCUCAUACACAGGGAGGUGCCACGGAGUUGAGGAACCUGUCUGACUCCAUUUUGAAGGCAGAAGCCAUUUUGUUAUUUUGUUAAAAAUAAGUUUCCAUUUGCUGUAAGAGCUGAGUUUCUGUUUUCUAGAACCAGACCUGCCCCAACCCAUGACCUUGUUUUUGAGAACAUCCUGACCCUCCCUAAUCAGUGACCACCUGAUGAUAACUGUUGAUUUUUUGCAAUGUUUUUUCUGUACUUCUUUGUCU